UAGUGACAGUAAAAAGCAGCCAUUCCAUGUGAUCGAGCCUCUUUUGACUUUUAACAGAGAUUUUCACAACUUAAAAGUUCAAUUGCUCUGAAAUUUAUUAUUUAGAAACAAUACAAAGUAUAAUAUUAAGGGCAUGUAAUUGAUAAUUAUAAAGCUGUUCCUUGAGAUAAUGCAGUGAAAGAUUAUGAAGGCUUUUCUAUCCUGAGUCACUGGGACGAUGACACAGGCACCAUGUGGAGCUUGUGUGUUGGUGGCACUGAGAUAAGUCCUUUUUCCCAGGCAUGAUCAUUUUCCCUUUGGAAUAACUGUGCAAAUUCAGUGGAUUAAAGAGUUGUCUUAGAUGAUUUCCUGAGGCUUUUCUUGUCUUGCCAGGUGUUAUUUAGUGGAUAGAGAUUACAGUUCUUAGACAAGUACAAAUCAUUUCAUGUUAAGGAUUAGCAGAUUACCACCCCUUUAAGUAGCAAAGGUAUGCUUUCAUAAAACUGCAUUUCCCAGAGUGCACCCAGGCUCAGUCAGCUGAUCUAGAUUGGGAAAUGUUCCUUAUUUCCUGUCCAACAUGCAUGGAAAUGAGUCCUGUGGACGAAUGUCUCAUCUUUCCUUUGUCAGCAGCAGUUAGGAGGAAGCUUUUAAAGGAAAAGAGACUUUUACCAGACUGAAGCUGAAACCUUGGCAAGAAAACACAAGAUGUCUCCUGAAUCCAAAAAACUUUUCAACAUCAUUAUCUUGGGAGUCUCAUUUAUGCUUAUAUUCACUGCUUUCCAAACCUGUGGAAAUAUUGCGCAAACUGUUAUCACAAAUUUAAACAGCACGGACUUCCAUGGCAGUGGCUACACAAGCAUGUCCAUCAUUUAUGGAGUAUUCUCUGCAUCAAACCUUAUCUCACCCUCAGUGGUUGCAAUAGUAGAACCUCAGCUCUCAAUGGUUGUUAGUGGUGUAUUUUAUAGCCUAUACAUUGCAGUUUUUAUCCAACCUACUACAUGGGCUUUCUACACUGCUUCUGUUUUUAUUGGGAUCGCAGCUGCUGUUCUGUGGACAGCACAGGGAAAUUGCUUGACUGUAAAUUCAGAUGAAAACACCAUUGGAAGGAACAGUGGAGUAUUUUGGGCUCUCUUACAGUCCAGCUUGUUUUUUGGAAACCUCUAUAUAUACUUUGCUUGGCAAGGAAAAACUCACAUAUCAGAGAGUGAUCGCAGAACUGUCUUCAUUGCUCUGACUGUUAUCAGUCUUGUGGGCACAGUUCUGUUCUUUCUGAUUAGGAAACAAGAGGACACAAAAGCUCCAGGGGAGGAAAAUUCUACUAAUGAAAUCCCAGGGGACAGCUCGUCUGCACAAAACAAAAUGACAAGAGCACUGGCUGCCUUCAAGAAAUCUAUAAAGCUGAGCUUCACCAAAGAAAUUAUGCUGCUCAGUGUUACAACAGCAUACACAGGUGUGGAAUUAACCUUCUUUUCUGGAGUAUAUGGAACGUGCAUUGGUGCUGUGAAUAGGUUUGGCAGAGAAGCAAAAAGCCUUAUUGGGCUCUCUGGUAUUUUUAUUGGUGUUGGAGAAAUUUUGGGUGGAGGAAUCUUUGGUUUGCUGAGCAAGAAGAAACGCUUUGGCCGGAGCCCUGUGGUGAUGCUUGGCAUCAUUGUCCACUUCUUAGCCUUUUACUUAAUUUUUUUCAACAUACCAAAUGAUGCUCCUAUUGCUCCUAUGGAAGGAACAGAUGAUAUUGCGUACAUGAUUCCAAGCAAAAACGUGGCCAUAUUCUGCAGCUUCCUGUUGGGCCUGGGGGACAGCUGCUUUAACACCCAGCUCCUCAGUAUUUUAGGCUUCCUGUAUUCGGAAGACAGUGCUCCUGCCUUUGCCAUCUUUAAGUUUGUUCAGUCCAUCUGUGCAGCAGUUGCCUAUUUCUACAGCAACUACUUCCUUCUGCAGUGGCAGCUCCUCAUCAUGGUGGUUGUGGGCUUCUUUGGAACAAUUACCUUCUUUCUGGUGGAGCGGAAAGCAGCAGCAGCUCUUGCUGCCCGUGGCUCGGACUACAGCAGCAUUUGAUCCAGAUACUGUGCCUAGUCCAACGUAAGCAACAGCACAGGCACCUUUAUUGUGAAGUGAUCUGAGAAGGUGAAAAGAUCAAGUUGCUGCAGAGUUUGGGAUGAAGGAAGCUACUACUAAAUCACCAUCAGUUUAACUGAAUGUGGAACAUGAGAGAAAAUGCCACAUUUGAAAGGCUUUUCUUGCUUUAAUCAGCUGGGUUUGGUAUUUAUGGUCUUAAAAAUCCAGUGUUAGAAAUUGAAGGGAAUGCAGAGAUAUGUGGAUUGAACAACUCUGGUUUGAGAUGUACCUUUCAGAAUGUAACUGCCUCGUUUCAUUCUGCCAUGCACUACAGAAUUAGUGGGGCUUUUUUCUUCCCUAAACUAUUUUUCCUAUAUCCUGGUUCUGCAGACACUUGAAUUCUUGUAUUGAACAGUGAUAUUUUUAUAGGGUACAUGGUAUACAGAAUGUCUGUGCAGCUGAGAAAUCAAUUUGUCAUUGACUUUGCCAACAAUUAGACAUGCAGAAGUAUUUCUGUGGGAAAUGUUGCCUUCUUAUUCUGUAUCAUCCAGUUCCUUGUUUCCCAUUUGUUUAUUAAAGUAUUUCAUGUGCUUAAAUUUUAUCAGA